GCUCGCUCGGCCCAAGCGCUCGGGCUCGAACGUGUCCAGGUCGGCAGGCGUCGCGCUCGGCCGGCCUGGAUGCGCCGAUCGCCGGGGGCGCAGGGGACGGCGCGGCGUGGCUCCCGGGCCUGCGCCCGGACGGGGAGACCCGAGCGGGAGGAGGGGGAGCGGACUGCAGGCGCGCGGGGGGCUGAAGGUGCCCUGCAGACGCGGCCCUGAUGACUGAGCUACAGCAAGAUGUGGACGACACAAAGCCUGCCAAAGUGCUCGGGAAGAAAGAGAGCAAAGUUGGCUCAGCCCACUCAGAGGCUGAGAAUGGUGUGGAGGAGAAAAAGAAGGUCUGCAGGUCCCCAACAGCCCAGUCUCCUGCCCCGUGCAGCGAGGCCGAGUCCCCAGACCCGAAGAGGCUCAUCUCCCUGUGGUCAAAAUCCAGUUUUGACGGUGCCUCUUUAGCAAGUGACAAGAAUGACUGUAAAACAGAAAGCAAAAAUGACUCUAAAUCUGAAAGGAAAAAGUCUUCAUCUUCCAGCCAGUACAAGGCAAAUAUGCACUUUCACAAGCUGUUUCUUGAUGUCCCAACUGAGGAACCACUGAGGCAAAGUUUUACCUGUGCUCUACAGAAAGAAAUACUGUACCAAGGGAAGCUCUUUGUAUCAGAAAACUGGAUUUGUUUUCAUUCCAAGGUGUUUGGAAAAGACACUAAGAUCUCUAUUCCGGCUUUCUCGGUAACGCUAAUAAAGAAAACCAAAACUGCUCUUCUGGUGCCAAAUGCCCUGAUUAUAGCAACAGUCACAGACAGGUACAUAUUUGUCUCCUUACUCUCCAGAGAUUCAACUUACAAACUACUAAAAUCCGUAUGUGGACACUUAGAAAAUACGAGUGUUGGUAACAGUCCCAGUCCGUCUUCUCUUGUAAACAGUUUCGGGGCAGAUCGUCCUUCAUCUUUGCCUCUGGAUUUCAACGAUGAAUUCUCAGACCUGGAUGGAGUGGUUCGACAUCGACAGCAAGACAUGGAAGGAUACAGCAGUUCUGGUUCUCAGACUCCUGAAUCUGAGAACUCUCGAGAUUUCCACGUGACAGAAUCCCAGACGGUGCUGAAUGUCUCCAAGGGAGAAGCAAAACCAGCCCGGGCGGAUGCCCACGUGAACAGAGUGCCGGAAGGAAAAGCCAAGAGUCUCCCGGCACAUGGUCAGUCAGAAACCAUUGGAAUUGUAAACAAAGUAAAGUCUCAGAAAUAUCCGACUCUCCACCAUAUUCUUAUAUUCUAUGCAAUUGUUGUCUGUGCACUAAUCAUCUCGACCUUCUACAUGAGAUACAGAAUUAAUACUCUGGAGGAGCGGCUGGGGUCACUAACCUCCGUCGUGGACACCCAUCAUACUGAACAGACGGCACCAUCCGGCCUGGGGUCACAAGUACAAUUAAACGUGGAAGUCCUCUGCCAAGAGCUUACGGCUAACAUAAUGAAGUUGGAAAAGGAGCUUCUCUCUUAUUAUUUCAAGAUACAAAACAACUUACAAAAGCUGCUUGAGAACGGUGACUGAUACACCAGAUUGCUUGGGCCAACACAAUACCUCGCGCUUCCCUUUAAAGAAGGUGCUCCAAGGUGUUGCGAUGGAGCGUUCCCUGCUGGCCAGAGGAGCGAGUGGACGGGCAUGCCCAGCCAUGUUUGUGCUCCGAGGUCUCCGGCUCAGGAAUGGGGGGAAGGGGAAUAAUUUUGGUUCCUGUGCAAUAAAAGUUGACCUUGGCUCUCUGAGGAAGUUUCAGUGCUGCUGCCCGAAGAAAACAGACCCAUCUCUGGAGGUCUCGGGAAGGGCCUGGUGGACUCUCUCUUGGAUAAUUGUGGUUGGAUGGUUAUUGUGACCAUGUCAGCAAACACACUCCACUUCAUGCUUUUUUAGUCCUCCCCACCCUCCUUUUCUCUCCUUUACUCUCCUCUUAACCAGCGUUCAAACUAAGGGAUAUAUCAUGUGCCAACCAGCUUGAUGUGGUCCUUUAAAGAAUUGGCCAUGACUCUCCAAAAAGGCCAUAAAUAGCUCUAAUGGACAGACUUGCUUCAAACAUUUAACACCAACAUUUUGUCUAUUGUUUUUUUUUCCUUUCUUUCUUCUGCUGUUAUGUUUUGGUUUAAAUCAGCUAUGUAUCUUAACUUCUCAAUUGAGUACUGGCAAGAAUAUCAGGCAAAGUGGAUUAAACUGCCCCAUUUAUGUUUUGUGUUGUUCCUCCAACUAAUACUUAAUUGGACUGAUUCUCACCCACCCCAGGUCAAAAAUCUGUUGAGACAUGGGACAAAGUACUAAAUUAAACUUACUUUGAAAGCAAAACUAAUCUUUAAACCAAAAAAGUAUACUGGUGAUUUGAUACAAGAUGAAAAACACUGAAUUUUUAAGAUUAUAGGUGGACAAUGUUAGUUUUGAAACAAGAUGUCUCUAUUAAGUGCUGAAACCCAUGUCAGCAUGAUGAUGGCAUGCCUUUCUCUUUUGCUGACUAAAAUAAAUAACUGGUGGUUUGCUAACUUCUAUUUACCAUAUGGAUUGGCUGGUUUUUAUUAAUAAUUACUUAGGUACCAUAAGAUCUGUAAUACAAAAGAUACUCCAUUUCUAUCUGCAAUGCAUUUUAUAAUCAUUUCUAUGAAAUGUAUUUUGUUUAAUCAAAUAAGCUAAUAAAUGAAUUGGUUACAUCAUUUGUAUUUGUUAGCCUACUAGACAAGAAUUGUGCCUGGUGCACCCCAGCUUUUAAUAAAUACUCAGUGGUUACAAUGCCCUGCUAACACUGUA